UCCUCGUCUCUUCUCUUCUCUUCUCUUCAUUUCUGUUGCUCUUUCGUUUCCACGCCAUUCCCACAAAAAAAAAAAAAGAAAAGAAAGACAUCUCCUUUAUCUCCCUCUCUCUUACAAUGCUCUCGUCGUCCUUGGGCGUUAUACUACAUUUUCCUCCAUUGAAAUCCGAUAGUUUCUGAAAGACCGACGAAUUCCAACACAGCAAAUGCGGCUUCGCGAUCUAAGCUAUGGAGGAACGAAUGAGAGAGACGUAGAAUCCAAUAUUUGAAAAAAAAAACAAAAAAAACAAAAUAGAUAUCUUUGUGAAAAAAGUGAAAUUUGGAAGGAAGAAGAAGACGAAGAACAGAGACAUGUCGGUAGCACACGCAGAUGACGCCGACGAUUACAGCAGACCAGCUGGAGAGACUUACCACGCCGAAAAGGCUUUACCGAGCGGAGAUUUCUACACUGGCCAAUGGCGAGAUAAUCUCCCUCACGGCCAUGGCAAAUACCUUUGGACCGAUGGUUGUAUGUAUGUCGGAGAUUGGUCCAGAGGCAAAACCAUGGGCAAAGGUCGUUUCAGUUGGCCUAGUGGUGCCACCUACGAAGGCGAUUUCAAAAACGGUUACAUGGACGGCAAAGGUACUUAUAUCGAUUCGUCUGGAGACUUAUAUAGAGGAUCAUGGGUUAUGAAUCUGAGACACGGGCAAGGAACGAAAAGUUACGUCAACGGAGAUUGCUUCGACGGAGAAUGGAGGAGAGGUCUACAAGAUGGACAUGGUAGGUACCAAUGGAAGAACGAGAAUCAUUACAUUGGACAAUGGAAGAAUGGGCUGAUGAAUGGUAACGGCACCAUGAUUUGGAGCAACGGGAACCGUUACGAUGGGUCUUGGGAAGACGGAGCUCCUAAAGGCAAUGGAACUUUCCGAUGGUCCGAUGGGAGUUUCUACGUCGGAGUUUGGAGCAAAGAUCCUAAAGAACAGAACGGCACUUAUUACCCUUCCACGUCUUCUGGGAAUUUUGAUUGGCAGCCACAACAAGUCUUCUAUGCUGAUUUGAGUGAAUGUGUUGUUUCUACUUGUCAGCGAAUCCCGGUUUUGCCGUCUCAGAAGAUGCCUGUUUGGUACGGUUCGGAGCAGAGUAGUAGUGGGAACAGGACCAAGAACAGUGAGAGGCCGAGGAGGAGAUCCGUUGAUGGAAGAGUAAGUAAUGGUGAAAUGGAUUUGAGGAAUAAUGGUUCUGGUUAUCUUCAGUUAGAUGAUAAUCCAGAGAGUAAUAGAUCAUCAUUAGGGCCUUUGAGAAUACAGCCUGCUAAGAAACAAGGACAAACUAUCUCCAAAGGUCACAAGAAUUAUGAACUCAUGCUUAACUUGCAGCUCGGAAUUAGACAUUCUGUUGGAAGACCAGCACCAGCUACUUCUCUUGAUUUGAAGGCUUCCGCGUUUGAUCCCAAGGAAAAACUUUGGACGAAAUUCCCAUCUGAAGGUUCAAAAUACACUCCUCCACACCAGUCUUGUGAGUUUAAAUGGAAGGAUUAUUGUCCUGUGGUUUUCAGGACUCUGCGGAAACUAUUUAGUGUGGACGCAGCAGAUUAUAUGUUAUCGAUUUGUGGGAAUGAUGCUCUUAGGGAGCUAUCAUCUCCAGGGAAAAGUGGAAGCUUUUUCUACUUGACCAACGAUGACCGCUACAUGAUCAAGACUAUGAAGAAGGCAGAAACCAAAGUUCUUAUUAGGAUGCUCCCGGCUUACUACAAUCAUGUCAGGGCUUGUGAAAACACUUUAGUUACCAAGUUCUUCGGUCUUCAUUGCGUGAAAUUGACUGGCACUGCACAGAAAAAGGUUCGAUUUGUUAUAAUGGGUAACUUAUUCUGUACUGGUCACUCCAUCCAUAGGCGGUUUGACCUCAAAGGGUCCUCUCAUGGCCGUCUUACUACUAAACCAGAGUCUGAAAUCGAUCCAAACACGACGCUUAAAGAUCUUGAUCUAAAUUUUGCGUUCCGAUUGCAAAAGAACUGGUUCCAAGAAUUCUGCAGGCAAGUGGACAGAGACUGUGAAUUCCUUGAACAAGAGAGAAUCAUGGAUUAUAGUCUCUUGGUUGGUCUUCACUUUCGAGAAGCUGCUUUCAGGGACUCUGCCACUCCUACUUCGGGUGCUCGAACCCCGACAGGAAAUCCAGAUAGUGGAAACCCUCGUAUCUCGCGAGCAGAAAUGGACCGGUUUCUUCUUGAUGCCAGCAAGCUAGCAUCAAUAAAAUUGGGUAUAAACAUGUCUGCAAGAGUUGAAAGGACAGUGAGAAGAAGUGACUGUGAGAAUCAGCUUGUUGGGGAACCAACUGGUGAAUUUUACGAUGUGAUCCUCUACUUUGGUGUUAUAGACAUUCUCCAAGACUACGACAUAAGCAAGAAGCUUGAACAUGCCUACAAAUCAAUGCAGUAUGAUCCUACGUCGAUAUCUGCGGUUGAUCCAAAGCAAUACUCUCGACGUUUCAGGGAUUUCAUCUUCAGGGUCUUCGUUGAAGACACUUGAGAGAAGGAAUCAUCUAACUUGCAAGCCAAGGCCCAACAAAGUUGAGGUUUUUCUUUUUGUUAGAAUAUAUUUUUUCUUUUACUUCUCUAUAGAUAUAUUUGUAAAUUUAUUAUGUUACUAUAUUCAACCAAUUCUUAUAAGUAGAGAAAAUAAUUGAUUCUUUUGUAAUUAACUAAAGUUCAAUUUUUGUUGCUGUUGUUGUUGUUCUUUUGUAUUGCGUUUCUUCAAACGUGAAAGGAAGUAUAUGUACAUUGUACA